AUGAGGCAGCUUGGGUGGCUGGGUCUGUGUCAGAAACCUGCGGCUGGUGAGGUUCAGCUGCCUUGGAAAGCACCUCUGACAGAAGAGUGUCAAGUCGGCCAGACAUCUCUGCCACAGGAUGAACGGCGGGUUGUAAAGCCUUCUGUUCGUGUGACACAAUAUAUGAAACACGAGGGCCUCAUGAAGUAUUUGACCUGCAGCCCGCAGACCUAUUUGCUGACAGCGACUCAAGCGGAAGGGUCAGGCGACGUGCUGCUGUUCUGCGUCGGUGACUGGCAGGAUGCCGCCAACGCAGAAUGCCGGCCAGACAGGCACCUGGAAGCUCCUGGCCUUCCCGCUGGGUGCUGCUGGAUCAGUGGUGGGAAUCUACUGUCUGGAAGCAGCGUAGGUGCUCAUCUCUGGGACGUGGAAGCGGGCAGCCUUGUAAGAGAGUUCCCCUCAGGCGAUUUUACGACGACUGCUGUGGCAUCCAUGAGUAGUUCCCCUGAACUCUUUGCAACCUCUGGCAGCGAUGGGCAUUGUCGCGUUUGGGAUAUGCGUACAGGUGAUGUGGUCUUUGACUGGGACUGCCAUCAAGGGCCUGCCUCCUGUGUAGCCUUUGGACCAGGCGACCUCCUGGCGUCUGGUGGAGCCGAUAGUGGCAUCAUGCUUCGAGAACUCAGGCAUCCAAAUCGCUCCCUUUGUUCAUGCAGCUGGGAUGGUGCCCACUUUGGAUCUGUGAGCCACCUGGCUUGGUCCCCCUUCAGCCGAUUGUUGGCGGGUGCCUAUGCCGAUGGUCGAAUGUUGCUAUGGGACGUAGACAAGGCCCAGUCAGUAUCUGAAGUAUCAGCAGAGCCUCCUGGGGUUGUCUUUGUCCAUGGUGGCCACUCUGGUUGCGAGCCCACGGGCCUUGCUUGGAGCAAUGACUGCCCUCAGCUCAUGGCUUCAGCUGAUUCCAACGAAAUCCAAUUUUGGAGACCGGCUGCUACUCUUUUUGGUCAAGGACCUGGGUCAAGUUGA